UUACGCAGAAGCAGAUCGAACGUCGCCUGGGUUGGCGGCUCGAGACACCAGGGGGCGGAGCGCGUGCAUGCCCGCCAGCCAGCGCCGGUUACGUGACGCAACCCAGUCGCGCGCACCCGAGGCGGAAGGAGAAGCGAGUGAAACUAUUCAAAGGGGCCAUGUGGAUUUAACAAAGCAGAUGGAGCUAUAGAUUGACAAGGACGUGAUGCCUAAGGAAUAGAUAAAAUGCAGGCGCAGUACUCAACACCUGCAUCUGGGACCUUUUCUGGAAGUGUCUUGUUGUUCAUUCGUUCAAAGUCGAAUGUGGUGAAUCUUUCUGCCCUAUAUAAUAACCCAGAUGAGAAAGACAAGGUGUUCAAAACUCUUAAGAUAGCACUUGUAGAUGCAGCUGGUGGCAUUGAUGGUUUCGAGAUAUUGAAAAUCAUUGCAGAUGACUUAGAAAUAAUACUUCAUAUCAAGUUCAUAAAGGAAAAGAGCUGCAGGAACUUUCUAGACAGCUACAGAAGUAAAGGUCUCCAGCAGUCACUGAUUCAUCAUGCAAAAGUUCUUGUGCCUUCUGAAGAUCCACAAUUUGAGACUCAGUUGAAAACAUACAGUAAAAUCCUGGAUGACUUCAUUGCAGAGCAGGACAAAUGUGUACAUAACAUCAUGGAGGCACAGCCAAAUAGAUUGAGAGAUGAUGAGAUUGAAGAGUUGGAAACCAGACUAAAGAAAGCUACAUUGAAUAGCAGGGAGCCUCCACCUCCAGCGCGGACACCUUGCUCUACUUUCUUGUUUCAGGACAAACAUUUUGACGACAGAAAACUAACUGGGGAAGAUCAACAAACAUUUGCUAAAAAAAUUGGUAAAAACUGGAAGAAAGUCGGACGCUGCUUACAGAAGACUUGCCGUGCUCUGCAGGAUCCAGCCAUUGACAACCUUGCAUAUGAAUAUGAGAGGGAUGGCCUGUAUGAGCAAGCUUACCAGAUGCUGGGGAAAUUUAUGCAGGCAGAGGGGAAGAAAGCUACUUUGAGCAGAUUAAUAUCAGCUUUGGAAGAGACUGAACUGACAGGUGUGGCAGAACUAAUGCUUGGCAUCCAUCAUUAAAAUGGAGUAACUCAGUUCAUAUUGAUAUCAAUAAGAGGUUGUUUAUAAUUAUAGCUGUUUUGUGAAGUUAUUUUAAAACAAUACCAAACAAUAGAGUGUUCUUUUUUUUAAAUGAGGGAAAAAAGAAAAAUACUUGGAUAUAUGUAAGGCUGUUUACAAAACAGACUGUUCAGGAUGUCUGGGAAAUUGUCAUUGGUUAAUGGCAUAAAUGCUGUAAAGUAAUACUUUUUAUGGACUUACCAGGUUUAUAAUUGAAAAUAGCAAAACUUUUUACCAUGUUCUUUCUAUAGUAAUCAUGGUCCCACUUCUGAUUAAUGUUUCUCUUUGCAUUUCAAUUGUUUAUUUUAUCAUGAAUUAUAAAAAACUGCAUGGGCAACAGUACUGUUAAUAUUAUGUUGCCAUGAUGACCUGGUAUUUGAUUUUAGUGUUGUACUUACUGAAAAUAUAAUCAUGUAAACUUCAUUUGUUAAUUUUUUUAUUGCUGUUGUAUUAGGCAGAGUGAGUCUACUGUUGUACUGACUGAACAUGCAGACAGGUAAACUUGACUUGUUCAGUGUUUUUAUUGUUUGCUCUACGUAUCAUACUGAGGCAACAUGGAAGGGUCCAUGCUAGAAUUAUGGGAGCCGCAACCUACCUCUGGAGUCUUUGGCGGUCUUCUCCUUCCAAAUGCAGAAGGAAACACAUGGCUACAGUAUGUUCACAUGACAAUCUUUACAGAAUUAUUUGUUCCUUGUAAUGUAAUAUAUGUAUUUUUAUGGGAGAGGUUGGUCAGAUAAAAUAUUUGUUAAGUUUGUGGUGGGUCAUAGUGUCUCUGUUGGCUUUUUCAUUCUAAUCUAAAGAGUAUGAAUAUUUUUUCGGAAGACAAAGUACCAAGCAGUACCCAAGUUAGUCGAGAUAUUCUGUGUCCUAGAGGUUUUCACCAAUUUUCCCAAGAAUACAUUUAUUAGCAGCUUCUCUUUCUUACUACUUUUGAUUCUGUAAAGUUGAUAUUAUAUUUUAAAGGUAAUAAUGUAUUUUUGCCAUGUUGAAUUGUAUUGAGGGUGCUACUGUAUGUGCUUUGACAAAUGCAGGUGUUUUUUAAUAAAACUUUAAUUUUUUUCAGUACGGUUUAUUGGUACCAAAAAUACUAUUAGACUGACAGUCUUGUUUGUCAUAAGUUUACUUUGAAAAUGUUUUUGGGAACAUUGUUUUAUGUAGUAAUAAAAAAGUCUGCAACCUCUGUGCACAA